AUGAGCCAUCCUUCUCCCCAGAAGAACGGCGGUAGUCAUGUUCCCCCGCCGCGACAGAUUCGUUUCGUCUCCACCGAUGGACAGCCUCAGACAAAGCGACGACGUGUGAACGCUGCGUGCCGCACUUGUCGCAAACGCAAGAUACGAUGCUCGGGCGAGCAACCAGUUUGCAAAACCUGCUCCGACUACAAUCAUGUAUGUUUGGGGUAUAGUGAACCUACAACCCUUGCCCGAGCGCCAUCCGAAACUAUUUCCCGCACCCCGUCGACUCCGGUUCAACCCACUCGAAACGAAUCGACUGCCCCCCGCGGGGCCCCAAAGGCUGAAUGUCGCUCACCAGACUUGCUCCAGCGUCCCCCAAUACCACAGAAUGAGAAAUUCGCUCAGUCCCCCGAGGCGCCCAAGGUUUUGGAUUUGAAGGGCCUGGCAAAGGAUUCCGUCGUGCGGACCCGAGAGUCUGAACAACAAGUCGCUGGGGAAAGUCCGGAAAGCAAUCGCACUUCCCUAAGCUCCGGUGGUCGUACAUAUGUUCCCUAUUUUAGAUAUUUCGGGCCUACGGCCAUUGUUCCUGGCUUCAAACAGAUGGUUGUCCAGGUACGAGGUUCGCGGAAGAGUAAUGCGUCGCUAUCAUCAGAUUCAAUGUCUCCUUUACGGAGCCCUAAAUGCCCUAGUGCGGGAGCAAAUAAUCUCAAUUCGAUUGCUGAUACUAACGAUAAUUGGGACGCCAACACUAUUCCGUUCUAUGACCGGGAUGACUCGUUACCUGUCAGUAACCUAGUCACUCAUCUUUGUGACUUAUUUUUUGUCCACCUAGGCUGUAGCUUUCCAUUCCUGCGGCGCGAGCGGUUCCUCCGUGAUUUAAAGGAAAAGAAAGUCGACACCAUGCUAGUCGAUGCUGUCUGCGCGCUUUCCGCGAGGUUCUCCUCUCAUCCUCUCUUGAGUCCUCCUCAAGCUACGCUAAUCGAUGACUCAGAACCCCAGCUAGAUCUGAAGAAGUCUGAUCGCGGUCAACCCUUUGCCCACCGAGCAAUUAGUGCUCUUGUUGACUCUCUAUCUUGUCCCACACUCUCUGUCGUUCAAGCCUGUUUGUUGCUGGCCUACGAGGAAUUCGGUUCUAAUCAUGACAGUGGCUUGUGGAUGUAUUUAGGCAUUUCCAUUCGUAUGGCCCAGGAUCUCGGCAUGCAGAAGCUACAGGGAUUGGAAUAUUGCUAUGGUCGGACUGGAGUGACGCCAAGCGCGGUUGUGACGGGACAGGCAUCGAAGCUAAGGGAGGACCAGUAUGAUGAGCCUCUAACCAACUCCAGUUCGACAAAGGAAUCACAAGAGGUGGAAGACCGACGUGCCUGGGAGCGGGAGAGAGUAGACGCAUUUUGGAGCAUAUUUUUCCUCGAUCGAGUGAUUUCGUCCGGAACUGGACGACCUGUGACUCUGCGCGAUGAGGACAUAGAACUUCGUUUCCCUUUACAGUCAGAAUCACGACUUCUCAACGGCUGGCCAGCGCCAUUUCCACCGCUAAUCCGCAUCAUCCACUUGUAUGGGAGAGUUACGGAUCUUAUCAACGGGAUACAGGAUGUCAACCAUGUUACUCCAGAGACUUUGAAAAGACUUGCUGGAAUGGAAAGUGAUUUGACAGGCAUUUAUCAACGGCUAUCCCCCAAGCUUCACUUUAAUGCAGCAAACUUCCAAGCCUACGUCAAAGCCAAGGAAGGAACGAAUUUUAUCCUCCUUCAUUUUUGGUUUCAUACCGUCAUUGUACUCUUACAUCAACCUACUUUACUCAAUUCUUUCGGAGGAACAAUUCAGCAUCUAUACCCGAAUAGCAGAGAACUUUCGAUGUCUUCCGCCAAAACCAUCGCGGAUAUCCUGUCCUUCUCUGAACUGGUAGAUGGCAAGAGCUUUAUCGGCAACCCAUUCACUAGCCAGCCAAUGUAUAUAGCCGCAUGCGCCUUUCUUAUGGAGAGCGCUUACUACUCGUCCCCCUCGUCGCGAUCCGGUUCCCCGCCAAGCCAGCCGCUGCUAGCCAACCAAACAAGUGGUUUCGUUAUGCCCAGCAUGGAUUCCUCGAAUGGAUCUGACCGUAAGCCUACCGCCAAGCAUAUUCUUCUUGCGUCUGCCGCAAAGGAAAACUACCAAAGGUGUUACAAGGCUUUAAAAGCUAUCGAGACCUAUUGGGAGGGCAGCAAGUAUAUUCUGACGGUCUUAGACCAGAAGGCAAAAGGAAUCGUUGACCCACUGUUAUACACCGAGGAAGAGAUGGAAGGGGCGGCAGAGAUACCUGUGGUGCAACCUUUGCCCGGGCCUAACUGGCGACAAACGAAUGCACCGAGCGGUCCGACAAAUGCCACGGAAGGGCCACUAACCGGGGCUUAUCCUUCAGUAGACAGUAGACGGUCACCAAGGAUAGAUCCAAGCCAAGGUAAGAUAUCAAUCUUAACACCCCCGUCCAUGGCACGUCGAUUUAAUGCUAUUGUAGCUAUUGGCUGGGCCCUUACCAAUGCUACGAAUUCAUCGCAGCCAAAUCUCAGUCUCUUAUAUCAGAUGCCUGCUACCCCAGCUGGGCCUAUUUCCGAUAAAUCGACAUACCCGUCUCAGUAUAGUCAUAGCUACGCCCACUUGCCGGUCCAGUCAGGAGUUGGGCAAAACUCGGGGUCCUACCCUCGAGAAAUGGAGUCAUCUGGUGCCUCCAAUUUAGGUCGAAACUCUUCUAUCGUGCAUGGCCCCGAGAGGUUCUCGCCACUAAAUGCCCCCGGUCGAGUUUCCACCUCCGAUGCAGGCCUCCUCCUGGGGCUGAAUGCGCCUUAUCCUAAUGCCACCUCUCGACCUUCGAAUUCCCAACCAUCCUAUAAUCCGAAUAUCCUAUCCCCAUCCUCCGGUCUUGACACUCAAGCAGCGUCAUAUAAUUACAAUAUGCCCUCCGCAGGUGACCGCCAAGUUGGUGGUAGUCACCUCGCAUCGCGACCUCCAGAUCUUCACAUGAAUCCACCGAUGGGUGAUAUGCUGAUUGAAAGCCAAGACAUUGAUAUGUCCUCCCUUCAAGAGCAAGAUCAACUUCCUUUUGCCUUUAAUGGGGAGAUCCUCCCUUGGCUAGAAUACCUCCCUCAAGAUGUUCUCAGCUUCUUCGCUGGUGAUCACCAAAGCUAUCCUCCACUAAUGAGUCACGAUGAUGGAGCUCCUCGGCCCCCUUCAUAA